CUAGAUAUGCGAAAAAGACAACUAAAAUUUGAUAAGUAUUAUUAUUGAUGGGCAAUACAUUGGCAGGGUGCGAAGAAGCAAGGACAUCUCAAAUAACUGAGAGUGUAGUAACAAAAACCUGUCCUCCAAAUAAUGAAUUAAUCGAUACUAAGAAAAGCAUUGCCGAACUAGCAAGAAAAAUACAUGAAAACACAGUGAUAAAGGAGGUGCAACCAUUAGAACAACAAACAAGUGUAAUAACAAUUGCCAGCUGCUCAAGCAGCGCCAAAUAUCCACAAAGAGCCAAAACAGUUCACUUUGCACCUUUACCUAACGCUGAUAGUUGCACGCCCACUGUUUUAAAUAUACAUCGUUUACACCAGAUUUCAUCUCUGAGGCGCUGCCUAAGCUUAAACUUCUUAGAUAACCCCAUACAAACGCGUAGAGAAAAACAAAACAUAGAAUCUACACAAUUACGAAGCUCGGGAAGUCGGUCCACAACUCGUUGGCAUCGACCAAUUACUAAUAUAAUCUUCAGCUCUCACUUCAAGCAGUCACAGCGCAUAUUAGAGUUUCCAGACAAGCAAAUAAUUGCAAAAGGUGCUUUCGGUGUAGUAUACAAAGUGAACGAGGAAAGCAAGAGCACAUGUUAUGCCUUAAAAGUGUUGAAGAAAUCCAAGAUUAUUGAAGACACUUGCGUGCGUCAGAUUAAAAACGAGGCUGAUAUACAAAAGGCGUGCGGUCAUUAUCCAUUCAUAGUCAAACAAAUAGAUCUUUGGCAGAACCGCUGCAAUCUUUUUAUAUUAUCUGAGUACCUGCCCAAUGGUGAACUGUUUGCCAAAAUCAAAAGGUUUUCCCUCGAUUUAGUGCGGCUAUAUGUGGCAGAGAUUGCUUUAGCUAUAGAUUUUUUGCAUAAUGCUGGUAUUAUAUAUCGUGAUGUCAAGCCGGAAAACAUUCUAAUAACCUACGAGUUUCACAUCAAGUUGACGGAUUUUGGUUUAAGCAAGUGGCUUAAACUUGGUGCUAAAACACGCACAAUCUGUGGCACGCCUAAAUAUAUGGCUCCGGAAAUUCUCUUAGGCACACCCUACGGCCAUUCAGUGGAUUGGUGGUCCUUAGGCGUUAUCGUCUGUCAAAUGCUCACACAAGAGUGCCCCAAUAUUGAUCCUUAUUUACGAUAUGAACGUCAUAAGGCCUGCAACAAUGAUAUAAUACCAGGCCUUGUCGAUGAUCACGAUGCACUCAAGGAUAUCAAUAUUCUGCCGCUUGCUGUAAAUAAUCUAAGGCAUGAAGAGCAGGACGUUAUACGUCGGCUUCUCGUAAUAACGGCGAAUGAGCGCAUAAGAAGUAUUCUGUCACUUCAGCGCAUAGCACUUUAUAUGGACUAUAAAAUAGACGCCAAGCGAUUGUCAAAUGUUUCCGCAUUGGAGAUUAUUAAGAGGGAUCGCAUUCACAUUAGAGGCGUAAGUUCCCCACAGUUGAACAACGACAAUGCAUUCCAGAACUUUUAAAUCUAACAUAAGUCACGAAAUAAA